UGGGGAGUUGUGGACGUUGAAGAAAAAGGGCCUUCAGCCUUCGGGUCUAAGGGGUCGACACCGUGGAGCCCCGCCGCCAGACGAAGGACCUACCGCUGAAUAAAUCCACUCCAGCGUGCGACGACUCACGGGACUCAUGGGGUCGCAGCAACCUCCGUUGGGGUCUCCGCUGUCUCGCGAGGAGGGUGAAGCGCCCCCGCCGACUCCGGCUCCCGAGAGCCGGCGGCGAAGUCGCCGGGUACGCCUUCGCGGAUCCUGCAGUCACCGACCCAGCUGCCUGGGCCGCCGAGAGCUCGCGGCGAGCGCCCCAGCCGGGCCUGCGCCGGCCUCCUCGGAGAUAAUGGCAUCAGCCGCUAAGGAAUUUAAAAUGGACAACUUUUCACCAAAAGCUGGCACUAGCAAGUUGCAACAAACAGUACCAGCUGAUGCAUCACCUGAUUCUAAAUGUCCUAUUUGCUUGGAUAGAUUUGACAAUGUAUCUUACUUAGAUCGCUGCUUACAUAAGUUCUGUUUCCGAUGUGUUCAGGAGUGGUCAAAAAACAAAGCUGAAUGUCCACUAUGUAAACAGCCUUUUGAUUCUAUUUUUCAUUCUGUAAGAGCUGAAGAUGACUUCAAGGAGUAUGUCUUAAGGCCUUCAUAUAAUGAUUCUUUUGCCCCCUCUGAGGUUCCACGGUUCCGCUACCGUACGACUAUGACAAGGGAACGCAGUGCUUCUGUUUAUUCACCUAGUAGUAUUGUGACUCGGAGAACAACAACUCCACCAGAUAGUGGAAUACUAUUUGAAGGACUAGGCAUUUCAAGGCCUAGAGAUGCUGAAUUUAUGAGACGGAUUGCAAUAAGGAGGCCAACUACUUCAGAUGAAAGAUCCUUGCGGAAAUUACAAGAGCAGGAUAUCAUCAAUUUUAGACGAACUCUGUAUCGUGCUGGUGCUCGUGUUAGGAAUAUUGAAGAUGGUGGCCGAUACCGGGACAUUUCAGCCGAAUUUUUCCGCAGAAAUCCGGCUUGUCUUCACAGAUUAGUCCCAUGGUUAAAACGAGAACUUACAGUUCUUUUUGGAACUCACGGGUCUUUAGUGAAUAUAGUCCAGCACAUCAUCAUGAGUAAUGUGACUCGCUAUGACUUGGAGAGCCAGGCAUUUGUAUCUGAUUUAAGACCAUUUUUGCUGAAUCGGACUGAGCAUUUUAUACAUGAAUUUAUCAGCUUUGCACGAUCUCCUUUUAACAUGGCAGCAUUUGACCAACAUGCAAAUUACGAUUGUCCUGCCCCUUUAUAUGAAGAAGGUAGCCAUUCUGAUUCUUCAGUCAUAACAAUAUCUCCAGAUGAAACCGAGACCCAAGAGCUAGAUAUUAACAUAGCCACUGUUAGCCAGGCACCCUGGGAUGAUGAAACUCCAGGGCCAUCUUACUCAAGUUCAGAGCAGGUGCACGCUGCUAUGUCUUCUCUUUUAAACACUUCUGACAGUUCAGAUGAAGAACUUGUAUCAAGAAGAGCCACGUCUCAGAUACAAGGAGUACAAACCAAUGAGCACCUGAAUAAUGACAGCGAUUCUUCCUCAGAUAAUUGUGUCAUUGUUGGAUUUGUUAAACCACUAGCUGAGAGGACACCAGAACUUGUAGAACUGUCCUCUGAUUCUGAGGAAUUAGGCACUUACGAGAAAAUGGAAACCGUGAAGGCACCCGAACAGUCUUACAGUUCUGGUGAUAGUGAUGUCAGUAGAUGUUCAUCUCCACACUCUGUUCUUGGAAAAGAUGAGCAAAUAAGUAAAGGUCAUUGUGAUUCUGGUACAAGGAUGAAGUCAAAGAGGGAGGAGAAACUGUCUUCAUCAUUGUCGUCUCCCAGAGACCUGCCCACCAGAGGAGACAGGGUAUAUUCCCCUUAUAACCAUAGACAUAGGAGGAGGGGAAGGUCACGAAGUUCAGAUUCACAUUCACAGAGUAGAAGUGGGCAUGAUCAGAAAAGUCGUAGAAAGCAUCAUGGGAAGAAAAGAGUGAAAAGCAGACAAUCCAGAAGCAGGGAGAGUAGCAGACAGAGAGGAAGAAGAGACAAGAAGAGAUCAAGAACUAGAGAUAGCAGCUGGUCAAGAAGAAGCCAAACUCUGUCUCUGAGUAGUGAGAGCACAAGCAGAUCAAGAUCUCGUAGCAGUGAUCAUGGUAAGAGAAGAUCACGGAGCAGGAAUAGAGAUCGUUAUUACUUAAGGAAUAAUUAUGGAAGCAGAUAUAAGUGGGAAUAUACUUACUAUAGUAGAAACAAGGACCGAGAUGGCUAUGAAUCAUCUUACAGGAGGAGAACUCUGUCCAGAGCUCAUUAUUCCAGACAAUCUUCAAGUCCAGAAUUUAGAAUUCAGUCCUUUUCUGAAAGAACAAAUGCUCGGAAAAAAAAUAAUCACAGUGACAGGAAAUACUACUACUAUGAGAGGCACCGAUCAAGGAGCCUGUCUAGUAAUAGAUCAAAGACUGCAUCUACAGGGGCUGAGCAUGGGAGAAAUGAAAAGCCUGGAGGGAAACGAAAAUAUAAGACCCGGCAUUUGGAGGCUACUAAUGAAGUAACUCAACCAUCUCAAGAAUUUGCUUCCAAAGUAAAGGAAAGCCAUUACCAAAAGUCUUCAUCAAAAUUGGAUGGAAACUACGAAAAUGAGAGUGACAGCUUCUCAGACAGUCGAUCAUCAGACAGAGAGACAAAAUACAAGAAAAGAAAGCGAAGGACCCGGAGCCUUAGUGUAGAGAUAGUUUAUGAAGGAAAAGCCACUGAUACAAGUAGACAUCACAAAAAGAAAAAGAAGAAACAUAAGAAAAAGCAUAAGAAACACCAUGGGGACAGUGCUUCUCGUUCUCCAAUUGUAAUUACCAUUGACAGUGAUAGUGAUAAAGAUUCUGAAGUAAAGGAGGGUACAGAGUGUGACCAUAGUGGUCCUCGAGACCCACUACAUAAUGGAUUUUUGACACUGCCUUUGGAACCGUUUGAAACUAAAGAUAUAGUUACUAUAGAAGAUGAAUUUGGUGUCCUGGACAAAGAAUGUGAUGUUACCACAGUUAGCGAUGACCUGAGUAAUGCCAGCAAAACUGUAGGUGACAUUCCCCCACAGGUAGGCUCAACUGGACAAAUUCUGGAUGUUAGAGAAGACGCCUUUGCCUCGGACUUGGAGAACCAGCCCAGUAAUGUCUCUACUCAUACUGAGUCACCAAGCCAAUUGCCAUCUCCACGGACAUUGGUAGUGCCAGUGUCUCUUGGAGACCAUGAUAUGUCUUAAAACUGCCAAAGCAUCUCCAGAUUUUGAGAAUAAAAUGGAAAGGGAAAAAAAACAUCAUCUCUGUCAGUCUACUUGAAGAUGACUUUGGUGAAAACACUUGUCCCUCCCCCUUUAAAGUAUUUUAAUUUUCUUCUUUUUUUUUUUUUUUUGGUGUGUGUGUGUGUUAAAAAUUUGUAAAACACUAUUUGUUCAAAAAGUAUGUUCCACCCUCAGAUAUGCACUUUUAAAGUGAAGAAAUGCUAUUGCUAGCAGUUUAUUUAAAACUUGGAAAUCUUUUUAAAUAAAAACAAAGUAUAAACUUAAGAAGUUAUUUCAUAAAGCCAUAUGGUAUGGACCUAUUUUUAAAAUAGUUGGUAAGUAUUUUUGAAUUUUUUUUUUGAGAGUUACUUUGGAAAUGUGCUACAAGCUAGGAGAAUUCCCUUUGAGUAGCCUUUAUUUUUCUUAAAAAUUUGUAUUACUCAAGACCAUUUCUUCAGGUUAAAUUAAAGCAUUUUAAUCUGCA